GUUUUUCCUUCCGGCCGGAAGCGGAAGCGUCGAUUUCCACGGAAAAGCGGCAAUGCUGCAUCGCGCUGGUCGAGGAGAGAUUGUUUUGAUGUGAAAACUGCCGCUUUGUGCAGCGAAACCGCUUUGAAGUUCACGUGGAAGUUUGCUGAAAGAAAAUAGAGAACGUUACCACUCCCCACCGUUUACCAAACGUUUUUCCUGUGUACCGUGAAACAAAACAAAACUCGUCAAUCGGAGAAAUGAUUAUCAACUAAACCAAAGUUCUACAAGCAAACCAGAGAACGACGAUUUCCCCAGCCUGUGCUGUGGUGUGGAAAAUUCCAUCCCCGAGGAAGUGAGCCGAAGUGUUGUGUGGCCGGCCGAUGCGCUGUUUUGCACAAGUCCCGUGUCCAGAUUUCGAGCGGUUUCCGAUAAAAGUGAGCGCAAAGUGAAAAGUUCCAUGGCUACGAUGAAUUGAUAAGCCAAGGCUUGCGCUUUCCUGUGAACGCAAUCAACGGAGAAACAAAUGGUGUACGAAAAUAAAUCACAGCUGAUUGGAACAGCAUCACGGGGUGCGUUGAUAAGAGUGUGAACACAAUACAAAUCCCGAGAGAAAAAAGUUGCAUGUUGCGAAAACGAAACGAAAAAGAAACCAAUGUUCUCAGCAAAUCUGGCACCGACCGUGUGGGCAGUGUGUUUUUAUGUGGAAAAAUAAGUUAAACAAAACCGUUUCCUGUGACGGUGAUGUCGUCAUAUUGGUGCGUGCACAAAUGCAGCAGCAUAUUGGCGUGAAAAUGUAUCGCGAAAAAUGAGUGUACCAUGGUUAUCCUUUAGUGAUGCAAAACAUGUGUCAGAAUUAAAAUAGAAAUAGCGACGCGUUGCGUUUGAUUCUGUGUAAAGUUUCAAGUGUUGGAAGUUUUUCGUUCACGAUAAGGGCUUUGGGAGACGAAAAAGUUAGCUCAAAGUGAUCGAGCAAACCGUUUACGCAUACUCGUGCAGAAGGAAACAGGCAAAAGUUGCAGCAGAAAGUGUGAUAAAUAUUGAGGAAAAAAAAAGUGUGUGCUCAAUCGAUAAUCUACAGAUCGAAAAUUUGGUUUGGCAAAGAAAACAUCGGCACAUACGCUUUUCCGAUCUGUUGGUGUAGUCGGCGGAAAAUAAAAACGGAGCAACCAUUUUCCGCAACACACACAUACAACACAAUCGAUCGGUUACAACUGAGAACCUCGGCAUUGGUGCGAAAAGUUUCUUCGCGGACGGAGGGAAAAAUCAGAAACCGUGUUAAGUGAGUUCGCCCGGGCUGCGCGCAAAGCGGAAGGGAAAAGUUCCUCAAAAAGAGUAAAAAAAAAAAUCCUCCCCAAGUGGAAAACCGUUGAAAGUGGCCCCCUGCCGGAUGCUCGGCCUCCCGGAAUGCAGCUCGUUUGCGUUCGAUUCCAUUAUUAAUCAUCAUCGAGCAGUUUUCCGCCGAGUUCUCGAGUUCGCUUUUCCCGCGUGACCACUCCGCGAGGCGAGUGGAGGGGUGCGGUGUGUGCCUGUGUUGUACCGGUUACCGUGUGUCUGUGGUCGUUUCGGUUGAUUUUUCCGCACAAGUGUUUCGCGCUUUUCCCCCCGCGAGUGGAAACGAGUGAGUGUAGCCCAGAGUUCGACAGCGUUUGGAAAAAAGAAAAAGAGGGCAAAGAAAGUCUAGAGAAAAGAAGGAAGGGAGUGAGAGAGAGAAAGGAGAAUCAUAUUCUGCCCUUUCAGUGCUUUCACGAAUCGUGUGAGUGAGGAUACCCGCGUGUAGAGGUGCUUUUUGUUGUGGUUGCUGUUGCUGAUUCCGGUUCCGGUUGCUGCAAGGACCGACCCUCUUGACCCUCCGACGAUGGAUAUACUGCCGAGUGGAAGUAUCUUCCGGGAGCUGCAGAUCAUCCACGAAACCGGAUGCUUCUCGUCCGAGUCUUCCAUCGAGGAUCAGUGGCAACAGACCUGCUACGAAAUGGAGCGAUACCUGAAGGACGAACCGAAGCUGCAGAAGUACACCAAGCUACCGGCUGACACACGCUGGGACCUGUUCACGGCGCCCGGACCCCUGCCCUGCUCGUGGAAGGUCGAGGUGGAACCGUACUGCUUCGACGAGCUCAACCUGAACGACCGCGGCUCGGAUUCGCGUUCCGAGUCCAGCUCAUCCUCCUCGUCCUCCUCCUCCUCCUCGUCGUCGUCGUCGUCGUCGGAUGGAGUGCAUGCGCCAUCGUCCACCACCGCCAGCCCCUGGCAGUCCGGGAGUGGCAGCCUGCUGAGCUGCUCCGUGAUGGUGAAAAAGGAACCGAUCGACGACCCGGACGACGACCCCGACGAGUCCGACAGCCAGGACGAGCCGAGCGAAAAGUACUGCAGUAAAUCGAGCAACGGGUCCACCGCCUCACCCACCGGUCCGGCCGGUACGACACGCAUCAACCUGAAUCCCACCACGAACGGAAGUCCCGGUCGAAACGGUAGCAGUCACCAUCACCACCAUCGCCAUAGUCACCACCACAGCCACCACCAUAGCCACCUCCACCAUGCGACGAACGGCAUCGAGCUGAGGCUCGUGGCGAGGGCCACGAGUGACCUGCUGCCCACCUUAACGCCCCCCUCCUCACCCGAGUCACACCUCAGCAAGGACACCUCCCCGAACGGCACCACGAUCAACAGCACCGGCAGCAGUUUACCGCUGGCCACGAUCAAGAAGGAACCCGGCUCGGAGAUUGCGCUGCUCGAUCGCCAGGGUGGCCAGAUUUUGCGAGUGUCCGCGGGCCCGCACGUGGUCCGGCUGACGACGACGGCGGGCGUAACCGGGGCGAACGGCAAGAACGUGGUCGCGGGCGUAACGCGGGUGAUACAGGUCAGCCCCCAGCUGCACGCGGCCAUCGCGCAACGACACUCGCCCGCCUCACCCAACGCAACGGCACAACCAACCUCCAAGCAUCACCACCGGCAGCAGGACCACAGUCCGGACUCGAAGCGACGGAUACACAAGUGUCAAUUUCUCGGCUGCAAAAAGGUCUACACGAAAAGCUCGCACCUCAAGGCGCACCAGCGAACGCACACAGGAGAAAAGCCGUACAAGUGCUCCUGGGAGGGCUGCGAGUGGCGCUUUGCGCGAAGUGACGAGCUGACCCGCCACUACCGGAAGCAUACCGGGGCGAAACCGUUCAAGUGCCGGCACUGCGAUCGGUGCUUUUCGCGCUCCGACCAUCUGGCGCUGCACAUGAAGCGGCACACCUAAGAAGACCCGUCCCGGAACGCAACGCGGGCGGGGAGGGGGGAAUCGCUAGCGAGGAGGACAGCAAACCAGGAGAGCUUUAUAGUCGGUGCACUUCCGCUUGUUGCAGUCGGAAAACUAAGUAAGAUCAACGUUGUAGUCUAAUUUGUAGACCAACCCGUCGGAGGGAUCCCGGGUGGGGAAAUUUUAAUGCGAUAGUAAAACGUACGAAUCGAAGAAAAAAAUUGAAAAAAAAAAACAGGAAAAGGUAGUCACAAUUUAAGGUAAAGGAAGGGUAAAGAAGAAAAAUACCCCUUCGAUUUAAAAACAACAUUAAACCACACGAAACACAGCAUAAGUGUAAUUCGAAAUUGCUCACGAAAGCAGUCCCCAUUUUCGCCUCACCCCCUACCCCACUUUACUGGGCUCCCACUUCAUAAUCAUACUUUUAUAAUUACAAAAAAAAAACAAACACCCAUCACAAACAUAAUCAUCGUCACGAUUAUCAUCUCGAUCGACUUCAUCGCCAGCGUCAUCUUUGACAUAGCAAUCGCUCAAUCUCACGCAAACCGAGCCCUGGACACAGUUGGGCGCUCGGUUGAAGGAAACAAAACGUCGAGAGAAAGUGAUAAUGAACAUUUGGAAUACAAAAACAAAAAAACACACACACACACAAAUAAGUAAAACGGCACCAAAAACCGUUGAGCCAGAGGGAUGGAAGUAAAUGCAGCCGUUCACGAAACACUCGCCGUUGCAAACCAAACGAAAAACCGCUCCAGAGAGUCAGAUUAGAAAGCAGCAGUCCAAAGCAUGUUUCUUCUACCGGGUAGCAUAAAACUAACGCACAAGAAGCGCAUUUGUAGAGUUGUAA